AUGAGUGCAUCAUUAUCAAUGGGUCCUAUGUUGCUGAUGGAAAGUAGACAAGGAAACAGUAUGCUGUACCGCCACAUGCAACAGCCUGGGCCACCGCUUCCAGUUUCAGCUUUCCAAAAUAGCUCUCAGUCACACAAUAAUGGUUUGAUUCAGCAGCAAACUGCUGCACCACAAGUUCAUCAGCACCAGAACCAACAGAUCAUGCAUACCCAACAAGCUGCUCCCUCUGGCCAGCAUAUCGUUUCUGCCUCCAUGAAUAGGUCUCAAAGAUGUGGAGUGUGUCGGGGUUGCCAGUGUAAACCAUGUGGACAGUGUACUUAUUGUCAAGAUAGUCCACAGUUUGGUGGUCCAGGUGUUAAGAAACAAUCUUGCAUUGAACGAAGGUGCUUACGAGUACUUGAAAAUAGAUUGCAGAGAGAUGCUCCAACCUUCAAAGCUCGAGUUGGCUGUAAUCACUGCGAAGAUUGUCGAAUGCCGGACUGUCAGAUAUGCCUCGUAUGUCUUGACAAAAGGUUCUUUGAUAAUCGCUACAUGACUGGCGCUAUGUGCGCUAAAAAACGAUGCAACAAUGCAACAAGUUUAGAACUACCCGCUGCGCAGAAUGCUGCUGAACUACGAUUAGGUCAAAAAAGGGUAUAUGAUCAAUCAGGAAUGGUUGAUUACCAAAUUCUGAAACGUCGUGCGCAUUCAAGUAUAGAACAGUUGACAUCCACGCAACAGCAUAUUUUAAACUUACCCGCGCAGGCAAUCUUGAAUGGACCGGGAUGUACCAUCCCACCAGGAGCUUCGGGGCUUUAUCUCAAUCAGCAGAUGCGACUAGUGCCUCCUCUUCAAGGUAUCACACCUCAGCAGCUACUUCUUGCUCAUCAUCACCAUCAGCAGCAGCAUCCUGGAACAACGACCAUUGUUCCGUGUAGCACCGCUACUCGAAACACCGAAAGAGUCUCUGUUAGUAGCACCGCGCAGUGUUUGGGGAACUCUUGCACCUUGCCUAUCACCAUCAAUGGCACCAAUAGUGACACUCAAGUAAUAGCAGCGCAUUCCCAGCAGUACACUUCACACUUGCCACCUCAACAGUUUCCUCGUCCUUACUUGAUCGCUGGGGCUGUCGCAGCGGGUGAUAUUGGUACAUUCCUUCCGAGUUACAUCGAGGAAAACCCUGUAGCACUUCAAUCUGACCCAUUCACACCGCCAAGUUAUGCGCCAGAAAUGAAGAAUGUUGUUGUCUUACAACCUUUGUAA